GUGACAUCACAACGUCAUUUAGCAACAAAUCGACUAGCAACUUCUCCAGAAAUUUUGUUGGCAACACUGCGCUCAGAAUGCUGAAACCCGAAAAGCUGUUCCGUUGUUUGUGCCUGUUCGCUGCCUUUGAAGCGGCAUGUCUGCUGGACACCGGCAUGCUCUUCCCCCGGGAGUCCUCCUCCCGAGAGGUGAAGGAGCUGAACGGCGUGUGGAACUUCAGGGCGGACAGGUCCCCGGACAGGAACCAGGGCUUCGACGCGGCAUGGUACAAAAGUCGCCUCGCAGAGACUGGCCCAGUGAUUGACAUGCCAGUUCCUGCCAGCUACAAUGACAUCACCCAGGACCCCACGCUGAGAGAUUUCAUUGGCUGGGUUUGGUAUGAGAGGGAGGUGGUGGUGCCUUCCCGCUGGAUCGCCGACAAAGGAACGAGAGUCGUUAUCAGAGUGGGAAGUGCUCACUAUUAUUCAGUAGUGUGGGUGAAUGGGGUGAGAGUGACGGAGCAUAAAGGGGGGCAUCUUCCCUUUGAGGCUGAGAUAGGCGCUUUACUGCGCAAGGACCCGACUCAGCCGUGCAGGAUCACCAUCGCUGUCAACAACACUCUGUCUCUGGACACUCUUCCCCCAGGAGUCAUCCAGCACAUGACCGACCACACCAAGUAUCCUGAGGGUUAUUUUGUGCAAAACAUCUACUUUGAUUUCUUCAACUAUGCUGGCAUACAUCGCCCUGUACUGCUGUACACUACACCUACGGCUUAUGUGGAUGACAUCACCGUGGUAACGGACUUCUCGGAUAACACUGGCCUUGUCAAAUACAAAGUAUCAGUCCAAAAUGCCGCCUCGGCCACCUUCAAGAUCACCUUGAUGGACAAAGGCGGGCACUGCAUUGCCUCCUCCAGCGAGCCGUCCGGAGUGCUCAAGAUCGUGGAUGUCAAUUUAUGGUGGCCGUACUUGAUGCACGAGAACCCAGGUUACCUUUACUCUUUGGAGGUUGUCUUACUGGCUGCUGAAGGAUCUGCUUCCAACGACGUGUACACUCUACCAGUCGGCAUCCGCACGGUCGACGUUACCAGCACCCAGUUCCUCAUCAACAAAAAGCCCUUCUACUUCCACGGAGUAAAUAAACACGAGGACUCUGAUAUUCGAGGCAAAGGCCUGGACUGGCCCCUCAUGGUGAAGGACUUUAACUUAUUGAAGUGGUUGGGGGCCAACUCGUUCCGCACCAGCCACUACCCUUAUGCAGAGGAGAUCCUGCAGAUGUGUGACCGCCAUGGCAUCGUGGUGAUAGACGAGUGCCCGGGCGUGGGCAUAAAAGACAUUCGCAGUUUUGGAAACGCCUCCUUAACCCAUCACCUGGUCGUCAUGGACGAGCUGGUACGUCGGGACAAGAACCAUCCCUCUGUGGUCAUGUGGUCAGUGGCCAAUGAGCCGGCUGCAGAGAUGCCUCCUGCUGAUUACUAUUUCAAAACCUUGAUAAAACAUACCAAAGAAUUGGAUCCAACCCGGCCCGUCACUUUUAUCACAGACAGUAACUAUGCCAGGGAUAAAGGGGCUCCCUACGUGGACGUCAUCUGCGUAAACAGUUACUUCUCCUGGUACCAUGACCCGGGCCACCCGGAGGUCAUCCCCAUCCAGCUCAACACUCAGUUUGAGAACUGGUACGGAAAGUACCAGAAACCCAUCAUCCAGAGCGAAUACGGAGCGGAUGCGGUGCCGGGGCUUCACAGUGAUCCACCCGUGAUGUUUACUGAGGAGUACCAGAAGUUAGUCCUGCAGAGCUACCACAACGUGUUCGACCAGAAAAGGAAGCAGUACGUCAUCGGCGAACUCAUCUGGAACUUUGCAGACUUCAUGACCACACAAGGGAUCAUGCGCGUGGUGGGGAACAAGAAGGGUGUCUUCAGCAGGCAAAGGCAGCCCAAAGCAGCAGCAUUCAUCUUGAAGGAGAGGUACUGGAGACUGGCGAAUGAAACGGGCAAACUACCUGCUUGGACCAAGUACCCGUGCUCACUCUGACACACUCUAGUUUGUAAAAUUCUGCCCGUUUCUUGAGGCAGUUUAACUGUUUGAAAGAUUAAACCACCAUGACAUUCAGCUAUGCUUCCUUAGUUAUGAACAAAACCACCAACUCCAUAUUAUAAUGUGAAUUAUGUUGAUAUGGUUUCCUUAUGAUACCCAUGACUGACUGAGUAGCACUUUAUUUAGUUGUUACAGGAUUUUAAUACACAUACAUACCUGGCAGGCCUUUCUGUUGCUGUCAUAAAAAGAUAGUUAAUGUGAAUUGCCAUGCUGAUCAUAAACGUUUUAUAUUUAUAUGUGAAGAGAAAUUUUGAUAUGAAUCAAGCUAUUAAAUAAAAAUCCUGAUGUCAAUAGGCAAACUGUAUUUAUUUUCCCCUAAGCAUUUACAAUUUUACUUGAGUAGUUUGGUAGAAGACAGCCUGAGUCUCGGUGCUAAUUCUCUUAAGUCACUGUGACUGAAUGCCUUCUAAAGCUCAACCAGAGACACCGAGAUUGUUGAUGACAGCACGAGUGCAUUGCGGCUUUGGAACUUUCCGUGGCUGCAUGGACCCUCGUCACAGGAUUGACCUCCAUGUUACAGCUGAACCAAUAUUAAGACACCGCUUUACAUUUCUGUCAAACAUACAGCACCUACCAGCAUGCAUGUAAUGUGUUGGAAGUCCUUUGGAUAAAUGUGUCCAUUUGCUGAAUUGCGUUUGCAAAACUGGAGAUUAAUGUGUCAUAAAUCAACUCAACGAAC